AUGAGUGGAAGAAUCGCUCCUCAAAGCCCAGAACCUAAGAAAAAUAAGCCAACAGCAAAGCCUUUCUUUCAGCAAACUAAAAAAGGUUAUCGACCUUUACCAACAGUCCUUUCUACAGUCCUUAUUUUUACCGCAGUCGGGUUAUUUUUUAUCCUUUUUGGGAGCAUAAUUCUUUCAUACUCUUUAGACAUAAUUGAGCACUCCAAGCGAUACGACAACGUAGGUGACUGUAUUAACACCAAAUGAAAUGAUACCCAAUACUGCAAUAUUACAAUAGAUAUCGAUGAAGAUAUGAACGCUCCUGUGUUUUUUUAUUACUCACUGUCAAAUUUCUAUCAAAAUCAUUGAAAUUAUAUGAGAUCAUAUUCUCAAUAUCAAUUAUUAGGAAGCAAUCUUUCGAAAAGUGACUUAGAUAACUGCAUUCCUGUAUACACAAUGAAAGAUUUAGGACUUGAAGAUAAUGCUAUACAAGAAGGGGCAUGAAAUCUUUCUAACUCAGCUGUAGCUUUUCCUUGUGGACUUACUGCGAAGUGGUUUUUUAAUGACACAUUUGAAAUGUGAAGUCCAAGAAAAGAGAAAGUUUUUAUACAUGAGGAUGAUAUAGCGUGGAGUUCUGAUAAGGACAGAAAAUUUAAUAAUAUGCAUAAGUGAAAGAAGUCGCAAUGAAAAGAUGUAGAGGACGGUAAGAAAUAACUAUAUCUUUUUUAUAAAAAUAGUAUUUUUUAAUAGAUAAAUCAUUAAUUUAUUUUGAAAAGGUAUAGAACAUUUUAUGGUUUGGAUGAGAAGCUCAAGUUUUUCAACAUUUAAAAAAUUGUGAGGAAGAAUUGAAGACGAUUUAGAUGCAGGGACUUAUACAAUACAAAUACAUAGCCACUAUGACCAAAAUGCGUUCAAUGGGGAAAAAUGGGUUGAGAUCUCGACAGCUAGUGCGCUUGGAGGUAAAAAUGAUUUGUUAGGGAUCGCAUUUUUGAGUUUCGGAGGGUUUGUACUGGUUAUUGCUGUAGCAUUUGGGGUCAGGGGGUGGAUUUUCAAAAACCCUAGAGAUUUGCAUUAUGAUUAA